AUGAGCAGCAGGUUUUCAGUUCUGGUUACGACUGAUAAUCAUGUUGGAUACAUGGAGAAUGAUGCAGUGCGUGGGGAUGAUGCCGCGACGACUUUUCGAGAGGUAAUGGAAAUUGCCCGAGACCGGCAAGUGGAUUUUGUCAUUCAAGCAGGUGAUCUUUUCCAUAUCAACAAGCCUACAAAAAGGUCAAUGUACCACGUUAUCAAAACUUUGCGGGAGACCUGUCUAGGGGACAAACCUGUGCCGUUCCAGGUGCUGCACCACGGGCCACUAGCCCUAGAGGGCGACGAGAGCCUCAACCAUGUGAACUUUGCUGAUCCUAAUUACAACGUGGCAAUUCCAGUGUUUGCAAUUAGCGGGAAUCACGAUGAUUCCGGCGGCGUUGGCAUGCUGUCUCCGCUCGAUGUACUGAGCGCGUCAGGGUUGAUCAACCAUUUUGGACGAGUCACUGAUAAUGACGAGAUAACUCUGGAGCCGAUCUUGAUGCAAAAGGGCUCGACUAAAAUCGCAUUAUACGGUUUGGCCAAUGUCCGAGAUGAGCGGCUGUUCAGAACGUUCCGAGCGGGCAAUGUGCGAUUCCUCCGUCCUGAGGUUGAACCUGAUACAUGGUUCAGCAUUUUACUAGUCCAUCAGAACCGUGCAGCACACUCGCGCACCAAUUACCUGCCCGAGAGGUUCCUUCCUACGUUUAUAGAUCUUGUCAUCUGGGGCCAUGAGCACGACUGUCUCAUUCAUCCCCAAACCAACCCAUUGACUGGGUUCAAAGUUAUGCAGCCUGGAUCAAGUGUAGCCACGAGCAUGUCUGAAGGCGAGGCCGAGCCCAAAAAGGUUGCUAUUCUCACAGUUGUUGACAAGGAAAUGGAUGUCGAGACAAUUACUUUGAAAACCGUCCGUCCCAUGCUCAUUGACACUGUUGUGCUGGCGACAGAUACAAAUAUUCGCCCGUCGCGUGAUUCCAGACAAGAAGUUACCCGUUGGUUAGUUGAAAAAGUCGACGGGUGCAUUGAGCAGGCUACCUCGCUUUGGAGAGAGGCCAAUGGCCCAGACUCUGAACCGCCGCUACCGCUGGUACGCUUGCGAGUUGACUAUUCCGGUGGCUAUGAUGUGGAGAAUCCUACUCGAAUUUCAAAUCGAUUUGUUGGGAAAGUCGCUAAUCCCAACGAUGUGAUCCAAUAUACCAACAAGAAAUCACGACCGGCGGAAAAGUCAGAAACUCCCUCAUUGAUUCCGGAAGCGCCUGCAGAGGAAAAAAUCCAAUUGAAAGAACUAGUACACCAAUUUCUGGCCCAACAACAGAUGGAGCUUUUACCUGAAAAGGGGAUGGAAUACGCAAUCUCCCAAUUCAUCGACAAAGAUGAAAAACAGGCGUUCAAGGCACUUGUCGAUAAGACCCUUAUCAAAAGGGUUGAAGAUUUGAUUGGUCCUAUUCAAGAGCAGUCAAUCUCCCCUCAUCCCAGGAAACCCACCAGGGAAAUUAGAUCCGUUCUGUCGACUCCAACAGUCACCGCAGAAGAUGACGCCAAUGCGCGAGCUAGAACAGCUAGGCACAAGGCUCAAUUAGAAAUUUCCGACGAUUCAGACGCUAUGUUUGUUGAUUCGGAAGAUGAUGAGCCCGCACCUCGCAAACCUGCCAAAAAGACUGCCCCUGCUAGGUCUGUCCGGAAAGCCCCUGUCCGCAAAGCGGCAGCAAAGUCAAAACCAGUCGAAAGUACUUCUUUGCAGGAUCUCGAUUCAGAUGAUGGCUUCUGA